GUUAUGUGUUCAUGAGUAGAGAGUUCGUGAAUUUACUCUUUUGUAAAAAGAAGUUGUGCCUUCUUCAAGUGAACACGUUAUUCUUAGCCUUGCGAAGUGAGCCGCAGGGGCUAUCACCUUUCCUCAUCUACAGAACUGUACAGAAGUACAAACUUGUAAUGACGUUCUGUGGACCCUGCAGAACUUUAUUGUUUCUACGGAAAUGAAAUUACGUCAGAGUGGUAUCUUUUAUACAAUUUUUAGUUAGUAUAAUUUCUUAAAUGUGUGAAUCAUGAGUUUUUAUCGAUGUGCUGUGGGGUUUUAUUAUAUUAAUAACGACGGUAUCAAUGUGAGAAAAUUUAUAGCACACAAAAUGACGUGGUAAAAAAAGCAGGUUUAGACUAUCAACUUUGAAAACUUUGUGAAAGUAUGGCAGAGGGUCAAAAUACUGAGGAAACUCUGCGAAGAGCAAAAACAGAAGAUAGAAAUGGACUUUUCAAUGCUGACUCAGCUACAGGAUCUGUAGACACUAAUUCUACAUCCUUAGCCGAUAUAUUUGAUACAGCUUUCUCUUCAGCAGCUGAUCCUUCUCCCCAAAGGUGUCCUGCAGGUACGGAAAUGGAGUAUGAGCAUUUGUUUGCUGAAAGUGAUAUUGAAGAAGCUGAAUUACAAAGUCGUAGUGGAUCAACUUUAAAUCAACCUACACAAUCUUCAUCCGAUCAUCAUUUUGUAUAUCCACCAUCUUCUACUAGAAGAGCCGCUAAUAUUGAAUAUUGGCGACAACUUCAUAUAAAUAACAAUAGGUGCCGACCCAGGUCCUUUAGAAUUCCGUCAACUCAGAGGAUAUAUAGUGAAAUAGAAAAACGUAUAAGUGAACUUCGUCGGAGACAAAUGUACUAUAGAAUAAUGGAACGGGAGGUUAAUAAAGUCGUUUAUCAACAACAGAACAAUAUUCACACAGCUGGACCAUCAAGACCCAUGGAUGCACCAGUUGAUUACAGCAUAACCGGCUCUGCCAACCAUAUUACGGGCACGAUUGAUGACAACUCCAACCAUGUGGCAAGACAAGUUUUAACCUAUCGCAGAUCACCAUCCCAAUCUGGAACAACUUCUGCUCAAAACUCUGAUGGAUCAUCUCGACAACUACCACCAUCACGUCACGAUGAUAUCCCAUCAGCACCAGAUUUGCAAUUAGAUUGGUCUUCAAGUAGUGAAAGCGAUGAUGAAGAUGAAUCAAUUGAAGUUUUAGGGAUUUCAAAUUCUAAUAAUAAAUCGAAUACAACUCAGAAUAAUGAGCAAAACGAUCGUACGGUCACGCUUGUAGAUUUAACAGCAGAAUCUGAUGAAGAAAACCAUACUCUUCCUACGACAGCUAAUACUUCUCCAACAGUAUCAACUGCAGAAGACAUUGCUUCUAGAAAUAAUUCGUAUUGUAUACAUCGGCCAUCUGACUAUGUGCAUAUGUAUCCAAAUGGGAACUAUCGUCGAGUCGGUGGAUACCUAGAUCACCAUAGGCCUCCUUAUCAAGAUGCAUCAGGAACAACUGGCUUAUCGAGCCCGAGAAUGCAUCCAGUUUACCAAAGAAUGUGGCUACUUCAACAACGUAUUCAGGAAAUACACCGUCGUAGACUUUAUCAGCGAAGAUCGGUAGUGCAUACGUGUACUCCACCGAAUGCCCAUAUGUACCAAUCAGGACGGUUCGUACCAAAUGAAAACUCGAAUCCCGGUAGUAUUUCUAGAAUUUGUUGUGCAGGAAGUGAAAAUGUAAAUCAUCUCGACAAUCAUCCUGAAUAUCCUAUUUUACCACCUCCACAACAACCAACAGUGUAUAGUCAUCCAGAAGCUAGUGGACCUGAAUCUUUAGUUACGAAUCCCAUUUAUCCACCGCCUCCGAUAAUGAUGAAUACAAUGCCUCCUCAUUCAGAAUUAGAAGCUCCUGCACCAGAUACCAUUCAUCCAGUCAUUCAGCCAGUGCAUCAACAUUUUCAUCAUCAUAUGUAUCACUGGCAGCCAUAUCUAGGAAGACCACACAUGGUUCGUAACCAUAAUAUACCACAUGUUCACAUUCUUCAGUCAUAUCCAAAUGUAUCUCGUGAAAGGGUAAGAGACAUCAGAAUACCAAUAUCAGAUUUUGUUCAACAUGCAAGAAGACAAAUGUCAACAAAUUUGGAAAAUUUUAUGCGCAUCGUUGACUUACGACGAAUGUCUCAUAUUAGUUGUGGCGCCACACAAGAAUCCAUAGAAAGUCAUACAUUCCCUCACAAAUAUAAGCGCGUAAAAAAGGUUGAAAAUGGAGAAGAUGCCAUUGAAAAAUGUACAAUAUGUUUGUCGGAGUUCGAAGACUUGGAAAGUGUCCGAAGACUACCGUGCAUGCAUUUAUUCCAUAUAGACUGUGUGGAUCAAUGGCUGUGUACUAAUAAACGAUGUCCUAUCUGUCGAGUGGAUAUAGAAACUUUUCUUCACAAAGAACUAACUGCUGCUACAUAGUCUAAGGUCGGUCAUGUUCACUUAUAAUUUUUACAAUUGUCUAUACAUUAUUUUUAUUGUUUACUUACGUUAAUAUUAUAAGGGCCUUAUAUUGUCAUAUAUUGCGAAUUAGCGAAAAUUUGUAUGAAUAAUUAAUGCGAUUUUAUAUUGUAAAUUAUUGAAAUUUUACAAAACAUUUAGUCAGCAAUUUUUUAAUGAUUAAUCGUGUACAUGGUCAAAUAUGUACUCAAUGAACAGUGUAUAUAUUUAUUUAACCAAAGUCUAAAUUCAAGA